AUGUUUCGAGUUUUGAUCAGUGGGCCAGCGGGCUGUGGUAAACGUACCAUUGCAAAGCUGCUCUUGAAGGAGUUUGAUGAGUUCGGUCAUUUUUCAGCAGGAGAUUUCAUUAGAGACCACAUUCAAAGAGGGACAGAAUUCGGCCUAAGAGCAGCUUCAUUUGUUCGAAAAGGAGAGCUUAUCCCUGAUAGCAUUUUGAAUGGAUUGCUCGUCGAAGAAGUGCGACGCGGCGGGAAUAAAAUGAUUCUUGAUGGUUAUCCGCGUACGCUGGCACAGGUAAAAUUGAUUGAGAAAGUGGCUCCUCUGAAUCUCGUUGCUGAGAUAAAAGUUCCAAAGAAGGUUCUCAUUGAGCGACUCUCGAAACAACUUGUUCACACUGCAUCAGGACGAACGUACAAUUUGGACUUCAAUCCACCCAAGGAAGAGGUGACCCUGUACAUCUUCGGAAAAGACGAUAUUACUGGAGAGCCACUGGAAAAGCGCGAGGACGAUGCAACGGAAGCAGUUCGCAGACGGAUAGAGGUUCAUGACAAGACGGAGAGCAAGGGAAAAGACGAUAUUACUGGAGAGCCACUGGAAAAGCGCGAAGACGAUGCAACGGAAGCAGUUCGCAGACGGAUAGAGGUUCAUGACAAGACGGAGAGCAAGGUCGUUGACUACUACAAGUAAGA